AUGCUGGGUAAAGAUGGUAAACUGUGUGAUGCUGCUGAUAAACCGGACCAGUUUGUCUACAGUCCUUCAGUCCUCCUGCCGAACCAUAUCUCCAAUUCUGAGGGCUAUGACCCAGAUGAUGACUUGCCUGCUUCUUUUCGGAUGGCUGAGAGACCCAAACGGAUUAUCAAGCAUAUCACUCGGGAAAAUCCAAUUGAAGUGUUCGAACAGCAAAAACUUGCUGCAAAGGGAAAAAAUCAGCUUGGUGAAGCAUGGAGCAGAGACCUGGCCAUCAAUGCUUCUCUGCAAACCCUGCCAAAGAAUAGGGCUCAGGUGAACAAGCCUAGCAACCUGAAACGGCAUGUGAAGAUGGCUGGGAUCAUCAAUGUUCCAACAUCCUCCCAGGAAUCUUCAGCAUCAGACAGAGAGUCAGCUGGGAAUAAUUUGGGGAAGCGGGGCAGGUCUGGCCAGGGGAAGAAAGCGUUGAAGCGAACUCAAACUAGUAUUGCAGUGCCUGAGGCUCCGACACUUGUAUCUGGGUCCAAAAAUGAGACAGGUGGAGACGGGGAUGAGGAGUCUGUACCUGGGGCUAAUGAGGAUCCAGAAGCAUUUGUGUGUGAAGAUGCAUGCACUGCUGAAGUGGUUAAGCUGUCUCAGAAAGCACGAGGGAUGCAAGAUCUUGAAACAGUAUUCACGGAAGUUAUUCACAAUGGGCAGAAAAGCUAUCGCGUGUGCCAAGUGUGCAAAUCUGCUUAUGACAAAGGGAACCAGUCAAAACUGUUGAUGCCACACUUUGCUGCCAGUUCUGGCUCAAGUACACUUCGCAAGCACAUCAGCCGUAGUGGGGGAGAGCACUGGGAGCUCUACCUGAAGCAAUGUAAUGCCCUUGGAAUCCCACCUGAUGAUAGAGCUAUGCCUGGCACUGUACAAGAAGAGCAAAAAGCAGCUUUCACGGCAAACAAGAACAACCAAAAACGAAUCACCCAUUUCUAUCAUCUAGCUGAGGAUGAAGAAUCAUGGUCUGUGGAAGGUCUAUUGUGUAGAAUUGAAAAUCUAACCAUUGAACAUGACCUUGGCUUUGAUUUUGUCAACUCAAACUCAUUCUGUGACCUAAUGAAGUUUCAAUCCUGCACAGGCCUUGGUGGUUCCCCACGCUACAAGGAAAAGGACCUUCCUCACUGCACAAAAUUGACCGAACUCAUCAUUGCAUGGUCAGAAAUGGUCAUGGAGAACUUGAAAAAACAACUUGAGGAGGCACCUGGCCUUGUUCACUUUUCCUUUGAUGCUGUAGGAGUGCAUAAUGGGUGUGCUCAAAUUCAUGGAACCUUACACAGCAAAUACAUCAAAAUUGGGCUCCCACCCUUGUACAUUAUUAGGAAAAAGAAAGAAUGA